CAAGGACUUCUCUAAGAAAGGUUAUUUCAUAAAGCAGAUCCUUAAAAGUCUUAAAAACAAGUUUUUAAGCACUGCUGUUUUAUGCAUAAUGUACAGGUGAUUAAUGGUUGUAUAAUUUCCCAUUACAUUGAUUUUCCGUCCCUCCCUAAUCCUCUUGAUCAUGCCCCCCUUCCCAAGGCGACAUUCAUCACCUUUGCCCUAAAAAAACUCUCUCUAAUUUGAAAUCUUUUCUCUGAGAGAAGAAAAGGCCUGCUUUCAAGAAUUAUGUUCAUCAUAUGGAGAAUCAUAACCGGAUAUUGUAGAGCUCAGAGAUUAUUCAAAAGGGUUCACUGCAUAUUUACUCUCCAUCCAUCACUCAUCUCCAUCGAUUCACUACUGUGUGUUGAUUCACUCUCCUUCUGAUCCAGAUAUACUCGAAGCUUGUAUGCUGCAUUGACAAUGGGCACGAGCAUUCAAGAUCCAAAGAACCGUGCAUUCGAGGCAAUAGCGAGAAGAGAAGUUUAUGAGCUUCAGUUACAACAAAAGCACAAGCAUAAUAAGAGAUCUCUUGAAAAGAACACUGUCGAAAGUUCUGCUGAUUUUAAGUGUACAAAUCAGGAAGUUCCACCAUCCUCAUCUGCUGAAAAUAUCCCAUCCAAGAAAGGCAAAUAUUUUUUCUCAGGGCAAACCACCACACGAGAUGCAGAUGGAGAUCAUCCUAUAUAUCUUCCACUCUCGCACCCCGUGCAUGAGAAUCUAGCAAUGCCGAAUCAUGAGGUAAAUGUGAUCGACAAGAUUUUGCAUGAACUUCUGCAGAGUGGCGAUUCUGCCCAGAAUUACAUGCAGGGAUCUAGAAGAAUGAAAAUGGACAAUCGGAUCCAUCUUGAUAAUAAAGUACAAGAGUGCAAAAUGUCUGGCAUUGCACUUGCGAAGGCUUUACAGAGCCACUCAAAGAGAUCAACAAAGCACAUGUCAAUGAAACAGCACAAGAAAUAUGGAUCAUUAGAUUUGCCUCAAGAGCUCCACAACUUUGAAAUUUUCAAACCAAUGCAUGAAAUGUGGAAAGGCUAUAUAAUGCAACUUCUAAAGAGUGUCGGGAAAAGUCAAAUGGCUCAAUGUCUUCUUGGUGCAGAUCUACACGGUGCAGUUAUUCUAGUUUCACAUUGCAAAAUGGCUGCCUUCACUGGAGUGAGUGGGAUCAUGAUCCGUGAAACUGCAGAGACAUUUGGAAUAAUCACACAAGCUAAUAAAUUCGUAGUUGUAUUGAAGAAGAUUUCUGUAUUUAUGUUCCAAGUGGAUUGCUGGAAGAUUACACUGCAUGGAGAUAAGCUCACUUCCAGGAAAAUUGGCCAGUGAUUUCACAAAUCAGGUUUGGUCGAGUAGCCAUUCCUAGAGCUGAAUCAAAAAACAUUUCCUCUAACAGAGCAGGUAAUAUCAUUUCAUUCAUCUAUUUGCAUAGAAUGGGAUACAACCUUAUUUUAUUCUAUACAGACAUUUUAUAAAUAUAAGCACUUUUUAUGUGCUCUUCAGACUAUAUAGAAGAAAUUCAACGGAAAACGUUUCUUGGAUAUAGGGUAGGUGAACCAUUGAUACUUAAGUUUAAGGCAUGAAAUACAUUUAUUGUUAUGUCUAUACUAUUUAUCUGUAUAUAUAAUAGGGUCAGGUAUAGGGAAAAACAAAAAAAAAUAAAAAAUUGAGGAACACCUAGUAUCCAU